AUGGAUAUUCCCUUGAAAUCAAAACCAAAGGUAUCUACAGUGAACCUACUUGCAGAUUCCAAAUUUGAAAUAGGGUCAACCACAAAUUCAUCAGCCCCAUUGGAUAUAGACAACAAUGACAAAGAUGAACCAUCUCAAUUGAACCCUAAUUAUCUAAAAAUUCGACACAGUUCAAAGAAUCAACAACAAGACCAGCAACAACUAGAAGGAUUUCCUCCAAAUUAUACAUUUUCUCGACGAUACUCGGAAACAGAGAAGAACAAUUUUGACCCUGAAACUGGACAUAGAAUAUUUGCUGAUGGUAAAAUCCGACCUCAUCAAGUUAAGCACGAACACAUGGGUUCAAGAAAUACAUUUACUAAUAUCAAUGAUUUUAAUAAUUCCAGUGAAGUAGGUAGAACUAAUGGCAACAACCACAUCACCAACAACAUCAAUGACAGUAACAACAACAACAACAACAAUUUUAAUAACAACCAGUUACAUGCAAGAUCUCACGAUAGCAAUGUAGGCUAUAAAGAUGAAACGGGAUACGAAGAGUUUAUACCGGGAUUAGAUUUUUCGAGUCUUGUUUCCAAAUGGAACAGCAAUUCUAAUUCUAAUUUGGAUUUGACACGAAACACUACAAAUGUGAGUUUGUAUACCACACAUUCAAACACACCAAGAAGUCGAGAUGGGUCAUACCUUGAUUUAAAUCUAUUGCAUUCCAAAGUGGCCCCACAGCCUAUCAAAACUUCAACUGAUCAACAAAGAAAUUUAUCUUACUCUAAAUUGCAUGAAUUUAUGAAAACUAAACAACAAAAAAAUGCUUACAAUAGUAAUAAUAACAACGACGAGGACAAUGAUAUAGUACUGUUAACAAAAGACAAUUUUUCUCGAUCAUCAUCAGGAUUAGGUUCUAGCCCUGGUUCUGUCAAGCGUGAAACUUCUGCUAGUUCUAUGGCAGAAACUUCAAAAGCAAGAAAGAAACAAAAAUCAGCGAUCGACCCGAUCACUGGCGAGGUCAAUUACGAACUAAUCAUAAAUAGUUUGCCGCCCAAUUUCAAUGAUAUGCCAUAUUCUCAACGUAAGAAAUUGGUAAAAUCAUUUUCCGAAUCAAUUGAUUAUUCGCAGUUUUCAUUGUUUGCUAAGAACUAUCUUGGUUCCUCAGUGGGUUCUGCUAAGACAUUGAAAGGGAGUAGUAGUGGUACUGGUAUAGCAUCUGCAAGUAGUAGUUUAUCUCGUCGAAAUCGUGUGGGGAGUCUCAAUACACUUGCCGGAAGAUUGUUGGCAAGAACUUCGACUACUGAUUUCAAGAAACUCCAAGAAGCAAUGAAACCAAAGUACAAUGUUGAUGAAAAAGGUGCUAUUGUUUUGGGUCACGAAUUGGGUAAAGUAAUAGGGUUCGGUGCAUGGGGGACAAUCAGAGAGUGUACUGACCAGCAAGAUGGAACCAUACGAGCUAUAAAGAUUGUAAAGUCAACUCGUGACUUUGAUGGAGGGCCAGGAAUUGGGAACCAUUCUAGUGGUAAUUUGAAUUCCAAAACUGAUUUAACUGGUUCCAUGAAGAGCAAAAAUCCUCGAGUUUUAGAAGUUUUCAAAAAAGAAAUUCAGAUAUGGAAACAAUUGCACCAUGAUAAUAUAUUGCCACUAAUAGACUACUAUGAAACUGAAGAUGCGAUUUUUUGUAUCAUGAACAGAAUAAAUGGGGGAACUUUAUUUGAAGUUGUUGAUUCCUGGGGACAAUUCAACGCUAGAGUUAAUCUCAUUUGUGGACCGUUAGAAUACCUGUUUGAAGAGCAACGUCAUAGACUUUUAAAAGUGAUUGAAUGUGCUCGUCAAAUAGUUCAAGCAUUGCUCUAUAUGCACGAAGAAAAGGGGAUAGUACAUGGAGAUCUUAAAUUAGAGAAUGUUUUAGUGGAAAGAGAAAAAGGUAACUGUAAAAUGAUUUUAUGUGAUUUUGGAAUGUCGAGAGUUUAUAGUUCAAGAAUUAGUCGCAAAUCAUCGAAAAGACACAUUCACUACAAGGGCAACAAUAAACUAUCGAUUGAUGGCGAUCUUGAAGAUACACUUAUGAUGAGAAGCAGAUCUUCCAAUAUUGAAUUUCGGAAACCGUAUUUUGGCGGUGAUUCACCAAGUUCUCGCAAAUUAGAUUUUGAUAUAAGAGAUGAUUCACGGGUUGGACUAGCAAAUUUUUUCCGAGCUCAUGGCCCUUCAAUGCAAUCAAUUCAUUUGACUCCAGUUGUUUCAGAAAACGGACAUUCGCCAUCUGAUGGCUAUUUUGAUAUCACAAACAAAAAUGAUAACGGUGGCAACAACGAUAAACCAAUGUUUUCAAGAUAUCAACAGGUGUGUAAUGACGGUAAAGAAGAACAUGGCAUUGAUUCGGGUUUGCCUCAUUCUCAUAUUGGAUCAUUACCUUAUGCAUCACCGGAAAUUUUACAACCUUCUCCGCCACCUUUGGGUCCUAGUGCUGAUGUAUGGGCAUUUGGUGUAUUGAUGUAUGCAAUGAUUGUUGGAAGAUUGCCAUUUCAACAUCAUUAUGAACCCAGAUUGAGAGCAAUAAUUGCCUCAGGUAAAUUCAAUAAAUUGGAUUUACGCAAGGCAUGUUUAUUAGAGUGGGUGUUAAAAGAAGAUGCUAAACAGAAGCAACAAAAUCAACAACAAAAUUCCGACUCAACUGAUAAUAACGGUUCUAGUUGGACUAAUGAGCUUCUUAAUUCAAAUUCAUUAAUUGAUAUGAAUAGACAAAACGAUUUAAUAAAGUUAGAAAAUGAAUGGUGCAAGUAUAAAGAUAAACGAGAAUUUGAGUGGUUAUAUGACAUUGUAAUUGGUUGUUUAGAACCAGAUAUAACGAAGCGAUGGGAUAUGGAAAUGAUUAAUGACCAAAUUUGUACAUUUAGUAGUAUAUAG